AUACGCAUCUCCCCUCCGCCUCUCUCUCCUCCAUUCCUGAACCUUCGUUGGAUCAAGAGACCAUGUCGACUGUUACUAUAGAUCCUCUUCUUCAUCAUUGUCGCAGAGAAAGUCCUGGGAUCCGUCUCAAAACCAAGCUACUUAAGCUUUCUUCUCUGGAUUACUCUUCAAAGCUCAUUUUCAAUGGAUGCAGCAGCAGCAGCAACUUGUUCAGCUUCAAGCCCAAAAGGCUCCUCUCAAUCCGAGCUGCCUCCACUUCCGUCGCGAGUUUCCAAUCAACGGACAUUUUCUUCAAGGAGACUUUUCCUCUAAAGCGAACUGAAACGGUGGAAGGAAAAAUUUUCGUUAGAUUAGAUCAGCCCAAUGGACAGGAUUGGCAGCUCUCUGUGGGAUGCAGUCUUCCAGGGAAGUGGAUUCUUCAUUGGGGAGUUUCUUACAUCGAUGACAUGGGCAGUGAAUGGGAUCAACCGCCUAAGGAUAUGAGGCCCCCGGGCUCAAUUCCCAUCAAGGACUAUGCAAUAGAGACACCUUUGAAGAAAUCAUCAGAAGGAGAUCUAUUUCAUGAAGUGAAGAUUGAUCUUGAUAUGAAAAGAUCAAUUUCAGCUAUAAAUUUUGUUUUGAAGGAUGAAGAAACUGGAGCUUGGUAUCAGCACAGAGGGAGAGAUUUUAGAGUCCCUCUUGUAAACUAUCUUCAAGAUGGUGGCAAUGUGGUUGGAGCAAAAAGGGGCUUCAGUAUCUGGCCAGGGGCCUUAGGGCAGCUCUCAAACAUACUUCUGAAAUCAGAAGAUACAUAUUCUAAAGAUGUAUAUGGCAGCAGUAAAACCACAGACUCUGAAAAACAGACCAGUUGUCUUGAAGGAUUUUACGAGGAGCAACGGAAAGACGAUGGAAAUGGAUCUUGGGGAUUAUUCACUUUAGAAAAAAAGCUUGUAGGAUUUCUUUUUGUUCUCAAGUUAAGUGAAAACACCUGGCUGAAAUGUAAGGGAAAUGAUUUUUACAUCCCUCUCUCAAAUUCAGGGAGCUUCCUUGCUCAAUCUGAAGCUGCAGAUUUAUCUGGAAAUAUUGAAGAAGUAGAUCAAGAAGUUUCUCACGCUGCAUACACUGAGGGAAUCAUUAAUGAGAUAAGGAAUUUGGUUAGUGACAUUUCCUUGGAGAAGGGUCAAAGGACAAAAAAAAAAGCAGUGAAUGAAAGUAUUCUUCAGGAAAUUGAAAAGCUUGCUGCUGAAGCGUAUAGUAUCUUCAGGAGCUCAGUUCCAACUUUCCCAGAGGAAAUUGUUUCAGAAUCUGAUGUAAAACAGCCUCCUACAAAAAUAUGCUCAGGGACAGGGACAGGGUUUGAAAUAUUGUGCCAAGGGUUUAAUUGGGAAUCUCAUAAAGCUGGAAGAUGGUACAUGGAACUGAAAGAAAAAGCUGAAGAAAUAGCAUCACUUGGAUUUACUGUGAUAUGGUUACCGCCACCAACAGAAUCUGUUUCACCUGAAGGAUACAUGCCGAAGGACUUGUAUAAUUUGGAUUCAAGAUAUGGAACUAUGGAUGAGUUGAAAGAUACUGUGAAAAGAUUUCAUGAAGUUGGUCUUAGAGUUCUUGGAGAUGUUGUCUUGAAUCAUCGCUGUGCACACUACCAGAAUCAAAAUGGUGUCUGGGAUAUUUUGGUGGUCGUCUAAACUGGGGACGAUAGGGCAGUUGUUGGAGAUGAUCCACACUUUCAGGGGAGGGGCAACAAGAGCAGUGGAGAUAAUUUCCAUGCUGCUCCGAACAUUGAUCAUUCACAAGAGUUCGUUAGGAAGGAUAUCAAGGAAUGGUUAUGCUGGCUGAGAAAAGAAAUUGGAUAUGAUGGAUGGAGGCUGGAUUUUGUUAGAGGAUUUUGGGGUGGUUAUGUCAAGGACUACUUGGAUGCAAGUGAACCAUACUUUGCUGUGGGUGAAUUUUGGGAUUCUCUCAGUUACACAUAUGGUGAGAUGGAUCACAAUCAAGAUGCACAUCGACAAAGAAUUAUUGACUGGAUCAAUGCAACAAACGGAACUGCUGGUGCAUUUGAUGUCACAACAAAAGGGAUCCUUCACUCGGCACUAGAAAGAUGUGAAUAUUGGCGAUUAUCAGAUCAAAAUGGAAAGCCUCCUGGGGUUGUUGGAUGGUGGCCUUCUCGUGCUGUUACAUUUAUUGAGAAUCAUGACACUGGUUCUACCCAGGGUCAUUGGAGGUUUCCUGGUGGAAAGGAGAUGCAAGGAUAUGCUUACAUUUUGACCCAUCCAGGAACACCGGCAGUGUUCUAUGAUCACAUCUUUUCUCAUUAUCGGUCUGAAAUUGCAACUCUUAUCUCUAUCAGAAACCGGAACAAAAUCAACUGCCGAAGUACUGUUAAAAUUACUAAAGCAGAAAGGGACGUAUAUGCGGCCAUCAUUGAUGAAAAAGUUGCAGUUAAGAUUGGACCGGGUUAUUACGAACCUUCAAGUGGGCCCCAAAGAUGGUCUUCAGCCCUUGAAGGACGGGACUACAAUGUUUGGGAAGCGUCUUAAUACAACCGGUGCAAAUAAUAUGAUGUUUUUUAUACACGUGAAUAGUAUAUAUAUACGCAGUCAACUAUAGAAUUGUCCGGUGCGAAGUUCUAAAAAAUCUAUAGUACAAAGCAAAUUGAAGAGUACUAGAUCAGUACAGUGUACGUUUACAUAGGGAAGUGCUUUUGAAUCUUAAACCGAAAGUUACUGGAACCAUUCUUUGUCCGCACAUGGUUUGCUCAUCUGAGAAAGGCCUGCUUGGGAUAUUCUCCUACCGAUGUUGAAGCAAGGAACAAAAUCAUCUGUAUGGGAACAACAAGUGACAUUAUCUAUUGUUUGUCAAAGCAUCUAUAUGUUAGAUUUCGACGUUGUAAAAUUUUGCAAGCAAAAAUCAUUGAUGGUUAAAGCUGCAAUGCGUAUUCUUGUCAUUUAAGAACAAGUGAACAAUAAAUCACUUAUUUCGUUUUCGUUA